AUGUCUUUCUCAAUGGGCAGACCUGACACGUUAGGGGCCGACCUCUACCACAACCGACAAUUCCCAAUUAUUGGUGAAACAGAAAACGAGUACUCAUCUAGCUCAGACCUCGUGGAUCCUCCAUCUUGCGCCAUCAUCAAAUCGAUGGUGGACUACUCAAAGGUCAUCAGAAGCAUCUGCCUGGGAAUCUACUUGCCAGAAACGACGGUGCCAAGGACGGUUACGCUGGCGCAUCAGAUUGAUCAAGACUUGCAAAAGUGGGUUGAGAGUCUUCCGGAGCCGAUUCGGCCGACAGGGACGGUUCAGCCGCGCUCACUGAAGAGCGCCAAGGAGGCUCAGUGGAUGAAGAGGCAAAGACUUGUCUUGACUAUGCGCUAUCUCAACUUGAAGAUUCUCCUCUUCGGGUCGAUUCUUCUCACAUCGACAUCUGCAGAGCGUGCAUCAAUCCCGGGGUCUCACGAGGGCAUUCAGACGUGUCUUGAAUCUGCCAAGCAAACGAUUGAAAUCAUCUACCAGACGUAUCAACAUCAUGAUUUCUUCCGCACCUGGUUCUACAACACAACAUACACGGUGUUUGCGGCUUCAAUGAUUCUGGUGUAUGUCACUCAAGAGGCUGUAGAGUCGGAGCUGCAACCUCUGCUUAAACUUGUCGGCAUGGCCAUAGAAAUUCUCGAGACCAUGGACGAGUGCGUAGUGGCCCUGAGGUCGGCCAAGCUUCUGCAUAAAGCUAUUGAGAAGGCGGAGAAGAAAUUCUCCGCAUCAACACCGUCCGCGGCAAUGAUACCAGCCAUGCCACCCGCGGAUGCAAUGUUGCAGCUGAACCAUUACUGGGGCCCCUUGAACAUCCUCGACAAUGAGAUGGACUUUGGAUUUGCGAUGCAGUUUGCGGAUUUCGAGGGGACGAAUUCGCUGUUCAUGGCGUUGGAUGAUCAAAGGACCAUGUAA